CAUAUAUUUCGUAUUGGCCUUUUCCAUGUUCCCACAGUGCAAGCUAGACCAUAUCUUGCGGGAAGACACAUUUUCUGGUCACCUGAGAAGCUUCCUUAGCACAGUAUGGGACACUUUUAUGUACUUGCUGGGACAGUCAUAUGUAUCUUUAGCAGGUGCCUUGGUUUUGUUAAUAAUAGCUCUUGCAUUUGUCCCUUCCAAAAUGUCCCGGAAAAGAAGGGUGAUAGUUGCGGUUCUGCAUGUUUCUGCACACCUGGCUUCAGCGCUUAUUCUCAUGUUGCUGUUGGAACUAGGUCUUGAGAUGUGUAUCCGGCACGAACUUCUAGCAACUUCAGGUUACCACAGUCUCUAUCAAUGGUACCGGUCGGUGGAAAGUGAGCAUUUUCCAGACCCAACUGGCCUUCGGGCUCGUAUAGAACAAUGGACAUUUGGUCUUUAUCCAGCUUGUAUCAAGUAUCUUAUGUCUGCAUUCGAUGUUCCAGAGGUUAUGGCUGUUACCCGGAAUACCAUAUGCAAGAAUGGGAUGGCAUCCCUCUCCCGAGGGGGUGCAGUUAUAUACUACGCUUCCGUCUUCCUUUAUUACUGGGUCUUCUCCACUCCUGUUGUUUCCUUGGUGUUUGGAAGCUACUUGUACAUUUGCAUUAAUUGGCUUCACCUACACUUCGAUGAAGCCUUUUCCUCGCUUCGCAUUGCCAAUUACAAGGCAUUCACUCGCUUCCAUAUCAAACCUGAUGGCGAUCUUGAGGUUUUCACCCUUGCAGUAGAUAAGGUUCCGAAGGAAUGGAAGGUUGAUCCAAAGUGGGAGGGGGAGCCAAGGUCGCCAGAGCAGCUGAGCCACCGCAGAAACUUUCCUAGCAAAUGGCGCGCAAUUUCAUCUAAGCAGGAUCCGAUAAAUACUGUUCGGAUUGUUGAUCGCUUUGAUAUUCAACGGACCAAAAAAGCUUAGGAACAAGCACUAGAUUAAGAUUAGAAUAGAUUAGAUUCUCAUUGAUCUGAAAUUCGACAUUUGUUAGGAAGUUGUAACUCAAACGUUGUUUAGUAGGCUAUGAAAAAAUAAAGUGUCAAAAGUACUCUUGUACGUUCCAAAUGAAAGAAUAUUACAAACUACGAAUUUUGGAUCACAAUUUAACCAAAAGAAUAUUACUACU